GACAGGCCCAAACAGGAACUGUUGGAGGAGUCCUCCUGCUCCUUGCUCGGUCUUCGGAGCCUGAAGGAGUGAAGGCGGGAGGGAGGAACAGCAUGUCUUUCAAGAGGGAGGGAGACGACCCCAGCCAGCUCAAUGUGCUCAAGAAAAGAAGAGUUGCUGACCUCUUGGCCAAUUAUAUCGCUGAAGAUGAAGCUUUGCUGCUGAGAGAUGGCAGCAGAUAUGCCUGCACGGUCUGCUUCCACCGUCCAGUUUUUGACACUCUUGACAUGCUCACGGUCCACCGUUCUGGAAAGAAGCACCUCCUCAGUUUGCAGAAGUUCUAUGGGAAGAAGCGUUCACUUGAGAGCGAGGUCCAGAAACGCCGCCACCAGACGUACCUCCGAGCAGAAGAAACUGGUGCCCAGGUGAGUCCAGGCCCUGCACCUUUGCUUGUGGAGACCAGGAAGAUCGCCCACAACGCUUUGCUGAAAAACGUCCCUUAUAGCAGCUGCUGCCGGCGCAACAGGGUGGCAGGAAGUGACAUUGGCCCCAGUACCUCAAGGACAGAUGCAAGCUCCAGAGAGUCUGAAGAAAAUGAAAUGUCAAAACCCAAGAACUCCGUGCAUGCAGAAGAACAUAGACUUGCUUUGCCAGAAGCCACUGCUGCUAUGGAUUUGCCUGGGUGCGCGACUUCCACGUCAGAAUCGGUGAAAAGAUCUGCUGCUCUGGGGAAGGAGCGUAGCCGCAAAAGGAAAGCACCUCACAGUGCAGCACCUCAUUCGGACACAGGUGAUGUUACCCCGGAGAAGCGGCAGGCUUUGGAACACUAUCUGAGGCUGAAAAGUUCCGGUUGGAUCCAAGAUGGUUCUGGCAAGUGGGUAAAAGACGAGAAUGUGGAAUUUGACUCUGACGAAGAUGAACCUCCUGCACUGACUCCAUCUUGACAACAUUGUUGCUUACUUUCUGAGGGGGGACCCUUGGGAAUGUGCUGUUGCUUGGACAUUCGGGGACCACUCAUUCAAGAGCAAAAUUUAUUUUUUACCACGUACUGUAUAUAGGAUGGUUUAUUUUAUUUUUUUAAAAAGGAGGGAAUAUGAACGCAGGUUACAUUGUCUGGUUACUUCUUUUGUUGGUUACAGUCUCUGAUUUUCUUUCAUUGCAUAGAGACUGCCUUUCACAACAACCCUGCUAGGUAGGCUGGAUUGCAGGAGAAAGUGUGUGUGUGUGUGUGUGUGUGUGUGUGUGUGUGUGUGUGUGUGUGUGUGUAACUUCUGUGCUGGAAUGGAAAUUUGAACCCGGGUCUCCCUGGUCGUAGUCCAACAACCAGACUGCACCAAACAUGAAAAACACUGGUUUUGAAAAGCUUGCUUAACCCUGACCAAUUUUCUUUCAGUAUUUGCAAAGGAAAAGCAGCUGCAUGGAGUCCUGAGCUGGACCAAUUCCCAAACUAGUUUCCCACCCCCAAAUCCUGCUUUUCCCUUUUAAAAAAAAUAAAGACAACUUAAAUAAGUUUUUUUUAAAAAAAAUAAGUAAGAACUUGACGCAACAUUUCAUUUGCCCCAAGCACCAACUCUAGGCAGCACUGGUGUUCAGCCUCUACUGCAUUAUUGGGGAAGCUUUUCCUGCUCGGGGGCCACAUUUCCUCAUGAGGAACCUUCUGAGGGCCACAUGCUGUAAUGGGCAGUGCCCCAGUCCAAAGUGACCACAUGGUACAGCUGAUUGCACCUCUCUGUCCAGGUAAGCAAAAGGCACAAUCGCCACUGAAAGACACAUUCCAACCAGGUAAAAGUGCUCAAGGGAGGGGUGGGCAUGAAGUGUGACCUGAGGAUCGGGUCAAGAGGCCCAGAGGGCUGCAUUUGGCACCUAGCCCUGAGGUUCCCCAACACCAUACUGAACCCUGCAAAAAGGAAUUUGUUGGCAGCACAGCCUCUGGCUGGCCAUUGGCCGAGUUGCCCUGAUGUCACAGAGGCACACCAGGGAGCGGAGGCGGACCUCUUGACUAAGCAAAGCAUUGGACAGGGGGCUCUUCAGGAAGGAGGCUUAAAUGUGUGAUCCAGAGGAGGCCAAUGGAAAACAUCUGGGUCCACUAUACAAGCAGUGUCCACAGAGCCAGGCCCUUCAAAGAUGCAGGGAUACUUUUGAAACCCACAUACUGAUUUUAAAUAAGGUUAAAGGGAAAGGACCCCUGGAUGGUUAAGUCCAGUCAAAGGCGACUAUGGGGUUGCAGCGCUCAUCUCGUUUUCAGGCCGAGGGAGCCGGCAUUUGUCCACAGAGUUUUUCCCAGGUCAUGUCACCAGCAUGACUAAACCACUUCUGGUGCACGGAGGACCAUGACAAGUGCCAGAGCGUAUGGAAACGCCGUUUACCUUCCCGCCGCAGCGGUACCUAUUUAUCUACUUGCAUUGGCAUGCUUUCGAAUUGCUAGGUUGGCUGGGACAGAGCAACGGGAACCCACCCCGUCAUGGGGAUUCGAACCACCAACCUUCCGAUUGGCAAGCCCAAGAGGCUCAGUAGUUUAGACCACAGCGCUACCCACGUCCCAUAAUAAAAUAAUUUUUAAAUAAGCCAUACUUGGAUGGUUGAUGUCCAAUUGUGGGUUUUUACAACUGUAUGUAAAGCCAAAGGGGGCCCCUUCCUUCCACUGUCUCUGAGCAAGAGUGGGUCUCGGAGGCAAAAGCAUAAAGUUGGCAAUUGUUCCCACUGCAAGUGCCUUUGUGUCAGCCUAGCAUUGACCAACCUCCCCUGCCCCAUCGUCUGCUGCUGGCUGGCACAGCCAACCAAGCAACACACUGUGAUACAUUGUGGGUUGCAGAGGCCAACCCAUCGUUUUUACACCCCACCCUUUUGCCGUCGGCUCUGACGCCACCACCGCUUCUUGAUGUGGGUCGUUUCCAUUGCCCGCUUGCGUCAACUACAGGGCUGGUGACUUUUAUCCGCCUAACCUAACUCCCUCCCCCCAAGCCUAACAGCUGUCCAUGUCAACCACGGAGGACAAGCCGCAAGAACGGAGAGGCCUGCUGCAUUGACAGGCGGGACACAUGUGACACCUCCGGCCUGGGGAGGGGAAGGGAAGCCCCUAAUUUAAGACCGGGACGCCUUCUCCUGCUGCUCCUCCUUGCGGGGCCUGGGCCAAGAUUUCGUGCAACCCGAUCCCUUGGGUGUCCAUUUCGUCUGCUGAUCCCAGCGGGGGGUAUAAAUACAUCGGGAGGAUGGGGGGGAUUCUUCUCUUUCUCUCUGCCCCCUCCCCGGUCUUGCUCCGCAGCACCACCUGCUUGGAAUAACUCUCUAUAAAGUGGCAGGGCUCCUUGCAAGAUUCCUGACGGGACACCCUUCCUUGACGCCGCUUGCGCUUCCUAUUAUAUAAAGCGCCAGACGGCUUUUUAAAUCUACUUUUCUUCAUUGAGCACCAAGCAGAGUUCAUGGAAAGACAGGUCCUGAUGUCUUGGAAGUGCACUUGUUUCAUUUCUUUACCAAAGUUGUUUUCCUAACACACGCAUUAGGAAUUUUCCUAAUUCCUCCCGAGGAAUUC